AUGCCUGACGAAAAGGAAAAGUCUUUCUCAAUAUCUCGGUAUCUGCGUCCUGAACGCUUUGACGUGGAACCCGCAAUAGCCGGCUCAGACUUGAAAUGGAUUCAUUGGAAGUACUCAUUUGAAAAUUUUAUCGCACAGGAAGCCGCUUCGGCUGACGAUGCCCUUAAGUACAAACUCCUUGUAAACCAUAUCUCGCCAUCAAUAUUUAACUUCAUUCAAGCUUGCACCACGUACGUCGAUGCCAUGACCACUCUCAGUACUACCUAUGAAAAACAAAAAAAUAUUAUCUUGGCUCGGCAUCGCCUCGUUACUAGAAAGCAACAGCCUGGCGAAACGUUAGCAGAGUAUUCGAGAUCUCUUGCCAUACUUGCUCGUGAAUGUCACUUCAAAGCUGUUACUGCUAAUGAACACCAAAACGAAACCGUACGUGGUACGUUCAUUGCCGGAAUAUUGUCUCAGAAAAUAAGAGAAAGGUUGCUAGAAAAAUCUACUAUGUCUCUGGAAGAAACAUUGAAUCUGGCUACAUCUUUAGAAACUGCUGAAAAUACUUCACGACUACUAACAGUAUCAUCUCCAUCAACGUCUGCUGUUCCUGUUAACACGAUCUCUGAAACUCAAGCAUCGCAACCACAGCUCAACUUGGCAGCAUCAAAACCUCAAAAUUUUCAUCACAGUCGCCCUACGCAAAGUGACCGCCGAUGCUUUUUCUGCGGUGGCAAUGUUCAUAAAAGAAUCAAGUGCCCCGCUAAUAAUGCCCAAUGUCAACUUUGCUCCAAAAAAGGACAUUUUGCAACUGUUUGCCGUAGUUCAAGACCAGGUCAACGUACCGUAAAUGUUAUUACCAUGGACGAUGACGACGUUACUCAACCUCAAGUUACUGAUUCUCAUUUGUCAAUGAUAUCCGCUGCUGCGCCAUCAAGCCUACGUAAAGCUACCAUUCCAAUUACCUUGAACAACUAUCAAGCAGAUGCGCUACUUGACACCGGAAGUUCAAUCAGCUUUAUCGAUAAGAAUACUGCUCUAACCAUGAACCUUAAACGAAAGCCCUGUCGACAAGCGAUAACUUUAGCAUCUCUUAACAAUAUAUCAUAUGUUGAGGGACUAUGCUACGCUACAAUUCAGAUUGACAAGGUUAUCGAACCCAGUAUCUCGCCUUGGAGGGCACAAGUACUCGUUACUGGUGAUGACUAUCAUCGGAAACGUCUUGUCAUUGACUAUUCUCAAACUAUAAAUAGAUUCACGGAACUAGAUGCAUUUACAGUAGGAGAUAAGCAGGAUCAUGAUAAUAACCUUCGCAAAUUCAUGAAAGCUACUGGGAAAUAUACACUCCAAAUA